UUGUAAUAAAUGAAGAAAAAGGAUUUAUGAAAAUAUAAUAUUUCAAUAUAUCGUCAAUUUCAUUAUCAGUAAAAAAAUAUUUUUAAAUUAUCAACAAUGCAUUGGGGUUCUUUAAAGGGUGCGGCCGUACCUGUAUUUGUAAUUUCCGUAGCAACGCUCAAAUUGUUAAGAUAACGGCGGCGUUGAUUCAGCAUUGACGCGAGGCGUCGUGUUUUACUCGAAGAGCCAUCAUAAGUUUCGAGCACAUCGACAACAGGCGGCGCAGGUUGCAAUAAAUUUACAGUUGUAUGCGGCUAUGCUGUAGAAAACGUAAUGAACUAAAACUAUGAGACGCCUUAUUAUGACAAAAUGAAAGUGAUGAUCGUUUCCGUUUAAUUUCAUUUUGUUGCAGCAGAUUUUUAUAAAAAAAAAUAAUGGAUAAAAGAAAUAAAGUAGAUUUAAUAUUGACAUGCAAUAAUCCUAUAAGUAUGUCAAAAAAAUAUAUAAAUCAAGAAUAUAUAAUUAGUCAUUUCAAUGAUAUUAAAUCAUGUGAAAAUAUAUUUCUAUGGCUUGAUAAAUUUAAUAAUCUAAUGUGUUCAUCUGUGGGACAUAGAAGUUAUGAAUUAUUAAAACAUUUACUUNUAUAUAAUAUACAAAUGAAAAAAUUAUUUACAUUGAAAUAUAAUUUUCAUAAUUUAAAACUAAUAUUAAUUAAUAUGUAUUUUAGAAAUAUUUUAACUAAUAUAAAUACAUAUUGUGAAAAAGUAUUGGAUAUGACAAAAUUAAAAAAUCAUCUGAGUACUACAUUAACAUUUUUUCAUCUUUAUUGGAAUGAUAUUAAAGAGCAUGUUAAUGAUUACAACUCGUAUUUAAAUGAAAUGUCAAUACUAUUAGGAAUAUACAUAGAUAUAGAACUUAAAACUUUUACACACACUAUGGAUUCAUCUAAAAUUGCUUCAAAACUGCUUUCAGCAUUAUGGAUAUAUCUAAGUAACUCAGAAAAACAUAUUUUUAGAGUAUUGCUUAAACUAAAAUUUGUUACUAAAAAAUAUUCAAAAAUUUUUGAUUUUAUAUUCAUGAAAAGUUUUACUAGUUUCAAGAAAAGUGUGGAAUCUUUAACAGAUGUAGAGUAUGUUAGAUAUUUACUUGUUCUAAAAAUAUGGAAAAAAAUGAAAGAAACUAUAGAAGAAAAAAAGGAAGUGAAUAAGAUAGCUUUAACAAUAUUAGGUCCAUGUAUUCCAAAAAUGCGAGAUGAAUUAUUGAAAAUUAUAUGUAAAAUUCCAACAGAAUUUGAAAAUGGAACUCUUGCUCUAUUACAACCAAAUGUAUUUAAUUUAAAAACUGCAUGUAAUAAUUUUUUAGUAUUUGAAGAAGCAAUGUUUAUUGAAUCUAAAGAUAAUUUCAUAACACAAAAUUCUGAUUUAUAUUUACAGGAUUUAUAUAGUGUUCAAAAAAGUUUUAUAAACUGUGAAUUAAUAAAAAAUAAUACAGAAAAUAAUCAUGCUUUUAAAGAUGGAAUAAAAAAUAAUAAAAAUAAUGAUGAACUUCUCCCAUCAAGAAACAAAUUUAAAAAUUAUAAAAAGAUAUCAAAAUUAAAACCUGGAGAAUUAAUUUUAAUUGAUUUAACUAAAGAAGAUGAACUAAAAACAGAUAAAAAGAAAAGAAAGAAAAAAUGUCAAAGAAAUUUAGAAUGGUUAAAAAUAGUAAAGAAAAAAUAUAAAAUACAGAAACAAAUUGAUGAACUAAAACAUAGAAAUCAAAUAAAAAUUUCAGAUGCUCAUAAUAUAAAGAACUCUGAAAAUUUUUCCCAUAACAUUCUUCUUGAAAAACAACUAAUUUCGAAUAAUAAGAUUAAUGAAAAUACAGAAAGUAGUACUUUAAUGGAACAAAAAUCAUUUCAGGAUAAUACUCAUAAUUUAAAAAAUAUACAAGAUUAUAUUCUCAAUAAAAAUGAAGUAAAAUAUAUGUUUCAACGUAAACAAUGUGAUACAUGUAAUUCAUCAAUAAAACAAACUGAUACACAACUCAAUAAAGUUCUAUAUUUGCUGGAAAUUCUAAGUACUAUGGGACAAAAUAUUAAAGAACCAAGAACUAUAUUAAAUCUACUGAGAGAAAGUAGGAAUGAAAAUAAAAUGUCUUCUGAAUAUAACAUUUUUUAUAAAAAUAUAGUUAAUGAAUGUAAUGAAAUGAAUACUCAACAAGAAAGUUCCAUAAAGACAAUAUUAUUGUCAAAGGAGUGCCAAAAUGAUAUUACAGAUGUACAAUCCAUAAAACAAGAGUUACCAACAAAUAUAGAUCUUAAUGUGAUAGAAAAAAAUACUUACUGUCAAAAUGAAUCUAUUUAUGUACAAAGUGAUGGUCAUUUGCAAUCCAUGAAUAAUCCAGAAAUAAUAGAAACCAUGAAACAAAAUAUUGCUCAUGAAAUUCAUGAAUGCACAAAUUGUUGUAAAAAAAUUGAUAUAAAACCUUUUUCCUACCAUAACAAUAGCAUAUUUAAUAUUACAAAAAACGAUAUGGCGCAAAAUUCAAUAGAUAAGGAUGCUAUUGGUAAAACAUCAAUUUGUGACAAAAAUAUAAUGUGUAUAUUAAAUGAUCUUGAUAAAUGUAUGGAUGUUUUAAAUCGUAUUGGCGAACAUAUUAUGACUGUUUAUGCGGAAAAACAACAAGAAGUUUUGGAAAAUGAAUCUACAGAAUCACCAUCAAAAUGGAUACAAAACAUCAAUUCAUUGACAAAUGCAGAAAGAGAAGAACUUAGCAAAAUUUUAAAAUUUCAUGGAAAAAAAGACUUAUUAAAUAUAUGCAAAUGUCAAGAUAUUAAUUUUUUGGAUAAACUUUAUAAAUCAAUAUCUCAAUCAGAAGAAUAUUGUUCUCAUGGAAAAAAUAAUAUUCUUCUCGAAAACAAAUCACUUUCAAAUUCUAUAGGUAACUAUAUAAAAUCUAAAUUUGAACAUCCCAUUAAAGAAGAAAAUAAUGAAAAUUUUGAAAUUUUAAAAGAUAAGAUAUUGAAAACAAAUGAAUGUAAAAUUAGUACAUCAAUAGAUAAUCAGAUAUGUGAUAUAUCUUCUAUACAUGAUUUGAAAAAUACUAAAGAAUUAAAUCGAAAUAUAAAUUGGGAAGUAGAAAAUUCUAAAGUAGAAAAUUUGCCACAAAAAAAUGAUGCAAAAUCAUGUUCUGUAGAUGAAUUUGAAAAUAUUGAUAUUUUAGAUAGUAUUCUAAAUGUACAUAUAACUAUUAAGGACGAACAAGAAAUUUGGGAAAAUUCACAAUCUCCAUUGAUGUCGCCAAUUAAUUAUGAUAAUUCAAAUAGUGUAUUAGAUUGUAUUAAAGAUUUUUUUUCACCAUCUGAAUAUAUACAUUCUAAUGAAACAGAAGAAAAAUAUAUUUUAUCAAAUACAGAAAAUUCUCAAACAUUAUUACCUGAAGGUAGUCUUGGAAUAACUGGAAUAUUAAAUAGUUUAUUUGAUUUUGAUUCUCCUUCAAAUGAUUUUAUGUAUUCAAAUACACAGGCAAUUAAUCCGCGAUUAAUUAAAAAAACUUUUAAAGAUGAAAUAUCAACAAAAAAUUCUAAUAUAUCUGAAUUGAAUUUUGAAGAAAAAAUUACAGAAAAGAAUGACUUAGAAAAUACAUUUUUACAAGAAAAUAAGGAAUCAUAUAAUCAAAAUCGUUAUGUUGAUGAUAGUAUGGAUAUAGUUGGAUUUGGAUUGAACUCAAGUGCAGAAGAAAUAAUUGAUUCUUAUUCAUUGAGUAAAAGUAUACCUUCAUUUUCUGAUCAUUCAACUGUUUUAGUCAAUUCAGAUAACAUAUCUUCUGAAGAUAAAGAAUUAUUUCCUAAAUACAGUCUUUCUAGUCCUAUUGAUAAGUUUAAUACUGGUAAUUUUAUAGAAAAAUCAUAUAUUUUUCAAAAAAAAGAUAUUAAUCAAGUUCAACCACUUAGUGAUACAAAAAAUCAAGAUUUAUCUGAAAUUUGUAUUACUAAUAACAUUUCAUCAAAUAUGAAUUAUAUAUUAAAUCAAUCAAGAGAUAAUGUUCAGUCAUCACAAAAAUAUGCAUGUACAGAACUUGAAACUAGUCCUUUUAUAAAAAAACAAUCUUUAGAUUCUUGUGAUUUAUUGUCUUCCACAGAUUCAAUAUCAUGUAACAUUGAUACAACAUUUCAAUGUGUUAAACAAAAACAUAAAAAUUCUAUGAGACAAAGAAAUAUUCAAAAAACUAUGCAAUAUAAUAAAGAAAAACAAAAUCAUAUUACAAAACGUAAAAUAAAAAUUAGUACACAAUCUAAAUUACCUAAAUGGACAUUAAAUUCUAAAAGAAAAAUUAAAAUGAAAAAAAAAGAAAAAGAAUCAUUUACAUCUAUUAUUCAACCCAAUCAAGAUGAAUUAAACUUAAGAUGUUCAGAAAUUACUAUUAUCAAUCCUUUGAAUUAUCAAAAUAUACAAAAUACAUGUGAAUCACCAUUGUCAACAUUUCAAAUGUCAUAUUGUCAAACAUCUCCUAAAAAUUGUUGUACAUCUAAAAAGAAAAAUAAACAAUUAAAUUACCCAGGGGUAAAACAUAUGUCUCAACAAAAACAAAUUUUAUUUAAUCUUUAUGAAGAUUCUAUGGUGGAUACAAUCUACAAAGAAGAUUCCAAAUUAGAAAAUCCUCAAGAUAUCAUGGAAGACAUCUCAGAAGAUUCAAGUAUAUCAAAUAUAUCUGAAAAAUCACAUAUAUCUAAAAAUAAAUCUUGUUUCAAAUUAUCAGAAAAAAAUAUGGAAAUUGAUACUGAUAUAAUCAAAGCAAAUCUCAUAACAGAUAAGAAUACAACUAAAGUUUCAAAUAAUAUUGGAAAAUCUAAUGCCAAAUGGUCAUUACAAGAUAUAGAUAUGCAACCAUCAAAUUCUAUUAAAGAACAAAUAAUUACAACUUUGAAUGAAGAUAUAUCUUUGAAAAAAAGAAAAUUACAACUUCAAAAUUUUAUUCAACCAACUUCAACAAAUGGAAUUCUUUGUUCUAUAAAUCAGCAAAAAAAGAAAAAAAAUCAUUGUGUCUCUAUAAAAAAGAAAGUUUUAGAAUAUCAUCAUGUUGAAUAAAUAAAUAUAAAUUUUGUAUAAUUAAAUAUUUUUAUGAAAUAACUAUAUUAUGUAUAAUAAAAUUUAUAUAUAUUUCACAUUUUGUCUACAUAUUCAAAUAAUGGCAUCAAAAACACAGUGUGGUAGUUUUAAAUAGAGAAGUUUUAAUAUUUAAUUAGAUUUAAUAUUUUAAUAUUAAAUUUCAAAGACUCCAAAUUAAUAAUUCUCCUCACGGAAGAUCAACAUUGGAAGACAUUUUAUUGUUUUGAGUGCCUUUUAAACAUCUUAUAAGUAAAAUAUUUUAUAUAAUCAAAAAUGCAUUUAUGCAUAGAGAAGAAUAAAUUUUAUGUCAUUUUGCAAUUCAAGACUGAUA